UGCAAAAUGGAUUUGACGUUUGACGGAUUUUUGCAGACAUCACUCUUCAGAACAUCGGAAAAAGAAUGGAGGCUGUUUUCAGAGGAUUUUAUGUGGAGUGCAGACAAGAUUGCUUCAGGCUUCUUAAAUCUUGUCCUAUUCAGGUACUGUCAGUUCUCCGAUGUUUCUAUCUGCAUAACAACGUUCAACGUAAAUGGUAAGAGUCCACCGGACAUCAUACCUGGAUGGUUCUCUGAUGACAGCGUCUGCGAUCUUUACGCAAUUGGUUUACAAGAAAUGGAUUUAUCAGUUGGAACUUACUUAAUUGACAAUCCGAAGAAGAUGGAGGAAUGGAUGGAAUGCAUAAGGUCCUCAUUGCCGAAAAGUGGAAAGAAUUUCAGAGUGGUCACUAGCAUGCGUCUCAUUGGAAUAUUCAUUGUGCUGUUCCAAUCGAAAACAUCUGCUGUGAAAGUGUCCAAGAUCAAUUCUGCAUACAUCGCAACCGGUAUAUCAAUGUUCAUCAACAAACUUGGCAACAAGGGAGGAACAGCCAUUUCGUUGAAGUUGAACGACACGUUAGUUUGUUUUGUUAAUUGUCAUUUGGCAGCUGGAACUGGUGAAUUGGAACGGAGGAAUCAGGAUUUCAGGGAUAUCUCUCAAAUAACAUUUGCUGAUGGCCUUUCUAUAUACGACCACGAUGCUGUAUUUUGGUUUGGUGACCUUAACUAUCGAUUGAAAUCAGAGAACUCUGUGUGGAGCGGUGAUCAAGUCAGACACAUAGCCUCUUCAUCAGAAUUCCCGGCUCUCUUCAAGUAUGAUCAGUUACGGGAACAGCAAUCAAUCGGGCAAGUGUUCGUCGGGUUCCAAGAACCUGAAAUCCUGCCAUUCCGACCGACUUACAAGUAUGACGUUGGAACAUGCAUUUGGGAUUCGAGUGAAAAAGCUCGUGUACCAGCAUGGUGUGAUCGUAUCCUCUGGUGGAUGCGUGAUCCGGAGACUCGUUUGAAGGUUUUACGUUAUGAGAGUGUGGAGCAGAUCGUAAUAAGCGAUCACAAGCCAGUUCGGGCUGCUUUCAAUCUCCGCAUUCGUAAGAUAGAUCAGACAAAAGCCGAUCAACUGUAUGAUGAAGCUAUACGAGAAGCUGAUCGGAAAGCAAACGAGCUAUUGCCUCAAGUAUCUUUGAGUAUGACGGAGGUCGACUUUGGAGAAGUGCAUUUUCUGGAACCAUCUACUCAUGUGAUAACAAUAAAUAACACUGGAAAGUCUACAGUCCGUUUCAAAUUCAUUGUCCGACCAGAGCGUGGAAUCUGUGCGAAAUGGCUCCAAAUUACUCCACCACAUUACGUGAUCCCAGUGGGACAAUCCACUCAGAUCUCCCUUACUGUCGUAAUCGAUAAGGAGGUGGCUUGGGAGCUCAAGGAUACGAAGCUACAAGAUAUCCUUGUUAUGAAUUUGGAGCACGGCUUGUUUGGCGUUUCCUUGGAACAACUGUUGAUGAGAAAGAAGGAAACGGUUGUUCAGAACUUGAUAGAUUUUGUGAGUUAUCCUAGAUCUUCUGUUUUGAAACAAAAUCGAUAG